GUAAAAGAGAGGAACUCCGUAGAACUUCGGUGACUGGCUUACACACACACACACACACACACACACACACACACAGGGUCGAUAUGGCGACCAACAGAAUAAGCCAGUGUUUUUUAUUAAAGAGAAGAUGAAGGCGUCUGGACUCAUGAAGCAUGAGUUUCAGGUCCCGCACUAUGUGAUGAGCCACCAGGACGCGUGGACGUUGUUAUUUACGCACCUCUUCUGAUUCCAGUGGAAUCUUUUGCUUGUUGUUGUUUUUGUUUAAUGAAACGCACACGGUCACGCCUUGGCUCGUACAUGUAGACCGUCCGGUGACGAUGCCCGUCCAAGCGCCGCAAUGGACCGAGUUCCUGCUGUGUCCCAUCUGCACGCAGACGUUCGAGGAGACGGUGCGGCGACCCAUCAGCCUCGGGUGCGGCCACACCGUCUGCAAGAUGUGCCUGAACAAGCUGCACCGCAAGGCCUGCCCCUUCGACCAGACGGCCAUCAACACCGACAUCGAGCAGCUGCCCGUCAACUCGGCCCUGCUGCAGCUCGUCGGGGCUCAGGUGCCCAAACCGCAGCCUGUGGCACUCAUUACUAGUCCGGAAGACACCAAGCACUACGAUGAGGCGCGGCAGUGUGUGGAGGAGCUCGCCCUCUACCUCAAACCUCUCAGCAGUGCAAGAGGCGUGGGGUUGAGUAACGCAGCACAGAGCAUGCUCAGCAGACCCAUGCAGAGGAAGCUGGUGACCCUGGUGCACUGCCAGCUGGUGGAGGAAGAGGGCCGGGUACGUGCCAUGCGUGCUGCUCGCUCGCUGGGAGAGCGCACCGUCACAGAGCUCAUCCUGCAGCAUCAGAACCCCCAGCAGCUCUCCUCUAAUCUGUGGGCCGCCGUCCGCGCCAGGGGCUGCCAGUUUCUCGGACCAGCCAUGCAAGAGGAGGCCUUGAAACUGGUGCUGCUGGCUCUGGAGGACGGAUCUGCUCUGUCCAGAAAGGUGCUGGUGUUGUUUGUGGUACAGCGUCUGGAGCCCAGAUUCCCACAGGCCUCCAAAACCAGCAUUGGACACGUGGUUCAGCUGCUUUACCGUGCCUCCUGCUUUAAAGUGACCAAGAGAGAUGAGGACUCGUCCCUGAUGCAGCUGAAAGAGGAGUUUCGAACAUACGAGGCUCUGCGGAGAGAGCAUGACUCUCAGAUCGUCCAGAUCGCAAUGGAGGGAGGUCUGCGCAUCGCCCCUGACCAGUGGUCCUCUCUGCUUUACGGGGACCAAUCGCACAAGUCCCACAUGCAGUCCAUCAUCGACAAGUUGCAGACGCCUGCGUCCUUUGCGCAGAGCGUCCAGGAGCUGACUAUAGCUCUGCAGAGGACGGGCGACCCCGCCAACCUGAACCGGCUCAGACCUCAUUUAGAGCUGCUGGCCAACAUCGACCCCAGUCCAGAUGCUCCGCCUCCAACGUGGGAGCAGCUGGAGAAGGGCCUGGUAGCAGUGAAGACGGUGGUGCACGGGCUCGUGGACUUCAUCCAGAACCACAGCAAGAAGGGGACGGAGCAGCAGCAGCCUCCACAGCACAGCAAGUACAAAACCUACAUGUGCCGUGACAUGAAGCAGAAAGGGGGCUGCCCCCGAGGAGCCAGCUGCACCUUCGCCCACUCGCAGGAAGAGCUUGAGAAGUACCGUAAGAUGAACAAGCGCCUGGCCCCGAGACUUCCGUGUGGCCCCUCCUUGUUACCCGAUGAAGUUCCUCUGGAGGGCGUGACCCGUAAACCUUCGCCCCUUACCAACGGCAUCGUGGCGCCGUGUCCACCGCCGGCGCCAUCGCUUUUAGCGCGUGGACACGAACCUUCGCCGUACGAGCUCAUGCGGAAGCCCAAAAUGGACAGCCUGAGUGCUCCUGGAUCUCCGCCUGAUUCUUUGGAUAAGAGUGGCCUGCCCCUGCCCCCACACGCAGUUGCCCACACGAGGACCGAGCACCUGCCCGUGCCCAAGCAGAUGCCCGGUGUGCCCCGUGGCGCUCCACCACUCUACCCACAACAGCAACCUGAGCUCUUCUAUCCUGAGGCCAGAGUGCAGUCUGGGGUGCAGUAUGAUGGCCAGUACUCUGCUGGCACCCCGUACCCCUACCAGCCGACGCAGUACGUGUCACCCCGCUACAUCCGUAACCCUCUGCCCUCGGGAGAUGCCCCGUACCAGGACCCGUACCCUGCUUAUGGCCCCGAACGCCAGUACCCACCUCCCCACCACACGGGACCACCUUUCUCAGGUGUCGGUGCCCACCCUUACCCUCCCCCUUCUCACUAUGAUGCCCGCCGGCACGGCCCGUACGCAGCCCCUCCCCCGCCGCCACCCCCUCAGCCCUUCGGUCCACCCCGAGACGACCUAGUGCGCAUGAGCCCUGCGCAUGAGCCACCCACUCCAGGGGCCCCCAACUCCCUCUACCACCCUGAGGCAGCAUCCCGAGAGAGAUAUCCCCCAGAAGGUUAUUACCCCCCUGCACCACAUCCCGGGCAAAUCAGGUCCCAUAUACCGGACCCCUAUGGCCGCUCCCAGCCGAGCCUGGACUACCUGCACCGCAGGCGUAAGGAGCUGCUGAACCAGCUAGAGGAGAGAAAAGUCAUUUCUCCUCCACCGUUCGCUGCCUCGCCGACUCUGCCCUCUCACACCUUCCCCAAUGAAUACCCUCAGGAGGCGCAGUACAUAGAGGACGGUUCCAAAGCAUUCGGCACCCGAGAACCCGACUACACCGGGCAGUUCUCACCGUGGUCAUGUGAUACCAUCGGCUCAUACAUCAGCUCCAAAGAUCCCAAACCGAAAGACGGCGUGUCCGCAGGAGCAGUGGAAAUGAUGAACAUUGAGGGAAAGGGUCUGAGGGAGCCGCCUCUGGACGGACAGCGGCGCUCGGCAGAAGCCAAAGACGACGAUCCCAUCAUUCCUUUCGGCCCUAUGCCUACGGUGUCGCCGUUCGGUGCCAUUUCCCGCACGUCAAAAACGGGCUACCAGACGACAGGUCCUGUGCAGGCCAUGGCGUCCUCGCAGGCUUCUGGAUCCAAACACAUCACCAUGGCAGCUGAUUACUCAUACGGAAACCACGGUGGCGGCUGGGGCAGUGUGUCUUACCCACAGCACCAGAGUAUCACCUCUCUGGGACACUUCAGUGAGCGGUACGUUUUUUUUUUUCCCCCCCCUCAGCCAGUAACUCUAUUUCAUUACUACUUUAUUUCAUUACUGUAUCUGAUGUCCUCCAGGCUGCCCGUGUCCACCCCCGAUCGAGAGCAACUGAAGAUGGAGCUUCAGCAAGUCAACCAGCAGAUCAGUCAGCAGACGCAGAUCCGCAGCAUGGAGGCCGCGAGUAACUCCAUGCUGCUGCAGCGAGAGUCCAGCGCUCUGAACGCUCAGCCUCCGGCUGCUAAAUGGCCUGUGGGUGGCACCGUGUCCAGCGAGCAGCUCAGCCUCGAGCUUCACCACGUCGAGAGGGAAAUAGGGAAGCGGACACGUGAAAUCGCUAUGGAGAACCAGGUGGCACAGGAAGUCCAAUACAAACUAAAGGCCACUGAAAACGGCCAGAGUGACCAUAAAGCCCAGCUGGAGGAGCUCUCUUUAGCACUGGGCGACGUCUCAAACGGCGUCAGCAGCAUCGUGCCAGCCAGCAGCGUCGGGGGAUCCAUGAUCUCUCUGACCAAUAAGACGUCUUCGCUCAGCCUGUGCUCCGGAGACCAAGCGGGAAGCGGAUCGGAGCUCCAAAAGAACGGAGUCGUUCAUUCUUAAGAGCGGCUUCUAACAACACACACACACACACACAUACACACACACAGUGCUCUGUAUGAGAUUUUGGUCAUUUUUAUUCAAAAGCGUUUAAACGCCGAUUUUGAAGAGAAAUGCGCCAAUAUAAGGAACACACACACACCUGCAUGCUGUUACAUGCAUGCACAAAACACACUUGUUUUAUUUUAGAAAAAGAAAUGAGCAGUAUCUGCCGUGAUUAUGAAUCUUUUUUUUCCUUUUUGUUCUGUGAAUGAGCUUUUGUUUUUGUUUUAAACGACUUCUCAUCGCCUGGAAACCAGGGCAUCUUGAUUAUCCUGUACACUUUCGUUUCUUUUCCUCUCCUCCUCUGCAUUUCUAUUUUUUAAUGAACGCGGCACAGGAAGAGAAAAGCGAGCCGACUCUCUGUAGCAACCGGUGCUCUUUAAAAAAAAAUAAAAAUAAAAAAAAAAUCCGUGCAGCCUCGAAUAUGACGUGACCAGACCAAAAAAUAAACAGUAGCAUGGAAAGCCUUUUAUCAGUCCAUUUUGUAUGGAGCAUCGCUGCAGCUUUCCCACACAAGGUGCACACCGACACGGUGGCGAGAAUCGAUCGGACGAUCCGGAGCUGCUGCUUCGGCGAACACGAGGGUCUGGAUAAACGGAAUCAAUCGUACGAUUUCAUUUAAUUUAUGGUUUUGGCUAUAGAACUGUUCAGAAUUUCUAAGUCGGGCGUCUGGAGCAUUCUGUUUUAUAGAAUGCAUGCAAAUGUCUAAAGAAAUAAAUAAAAAAAAAUACACACAAA